GUGAGAUUGUUUUGGUUUAAAGAAUACCUUUUUUAUUUAGAUUGAAUAAUAUUUUGAUAAUUAUUUGCGAAAUAUGAAUUUAGUAUUAAGGCAUGUUUUAACGAGGCAAUCGUUACGGCUAUGCGAUAAAAUCGCUUAUAAUAAUGUACCAAAACAAAUAGCAAUAACCUCAAAAUGUCCUAUUAUACAAUAUCGAAAAUAUUCCGAACAAGGAACAGAAACACGGAAGUUGCCUCAAUUGAUGGAAUUCCCGCCGAUAAUGUGGCCUUCAUUCAUAAAAUACGUAAAGAAUUGGAUGUUUUCAAAUUUUAUUAUAAGACCGUAUUUUGAUCAAGAAUUUAGUCUGAACGAGUUCAUUGAAGCUUCCAAACAUGCAGUUCAGAUUGUUUCAGGAGCACUACAAAACAGUGAUUUCAAAACUCUAGAGGGUCUGGUGGAUAAAGAUGCUAUUAAUGCACUAAAGACUGCUGUGUCUCAACUUUCUGUGUCCCAGCGGCAAUUGUUAGCCAUAGAAAAAGAAGAUAUAUUUUAUGCAUUUCCUUAUCAGGUUGGAGUAAUUUUUGAUGAUUCGGAUAAGCGUUGGGUUGAAAUCACAAUGUGUUAUCAUGUGUUAAGAGGACUGAAAAAUAUGAAGGAAAGCGGUGACAUGCCUCCAAUAACUUUAGGAGCUCAACCCCAGUACCAGGAUAACAUAUUCAUUUUGAACUACAGAUUUAUCAGAGAGUUCACAAAAGGAGUUGAAGACAGUUGGUGGGUUAACAUUGUUAAUCAUUUUCAGCCUCAUAUGCUUAUUAAGAAAAUGUAAAAAUCGUAUUAUAGACUGAUAACUGGAUUUUUAAAAAGAAAUACAAAAAUAAUUGUUGUUAUAAAAAAAGUUGUAUUUAAAUAAGAAUUAUAUUCUUGUCA